AUGACGAUCAAGCAGCCGCUGGAGUUCCCGACUCUGACGGAAAUUAAACGAGCACUACCCGCUGAUUGUUUUGAGGCCUCGGUGUUUCUCUCACUUUACUAUACUGUGCGCAGUCUCAUGCUUGCUAUAUCUUUGGCCUUUGGACUCAACUACGUGCGUGCUUUGCCGAUAGUUGAAAGCUUUUGGAUGCUGGAUAUCAUCCUUUGUACAUUGUACAUCCUCCUCCUAGGCAUUAUCUUUUGGGGCUUCUUUACUAUUGGCCAUGAUGCCGGUCAUGGCGCUUUCUCACGCUAUCAUUUACUUAAUUUUGUGGUGGGGACUUUGAUGCAUUCACUCGUUCUCACGCCUUUUGAGUCGUGGAAGCUCUCACAUCGUCAUCAUCACAAGAAUACGGGAAACAUUGAUCGUGAUGAGGUCUUUUAUCCGCAACGAAAGGCUGAUAACCAUCCUGUUUCACGCAAUUUGCUCCUAUCACUUGGUGCUGCAUGGUUUGUGUAUCUCGUUGAAGGCUUUCCACCCCGAAAUGUUAACCACUUCAACCCGUUUGAACCUAUGUUUGUACGUCAGGUAUCGGCUGUGAUCAUAUCACUCGCAACACAGCUGGCCGUAGCAGUACUGUCCAUUUAUCUAAGCUUCCAGUUAGGUUUCAAGACUAUGGCGAUCUAUUACUACGGGCCAAUCUUUGUGUUUGCUACCAUUCUCGUGAUCACCACCUUCUUGCAUCACAACGAUGAUGAGACUCCAUGGUAUGGAGACUCUGAGUGGACCUAUGUCAAGGGUAAUCUAUCGUCUGUCGACCGAUCCUAUGGCGCAGUCAUUGACAACUUGAUCCACAACAUUGGCACACAUCAGAUCCACCACCUUUUCCCCAUCAUCCCACAUUACAAGCUCCAUCGCGCUACGGCGGCCUUUCAUCAGGCUUUUCCAGAGCUUGUGCGUAAGAGCGACGAGCCAAUUCUUAAGGCUUUCUACCGAGUUGGUCGUCUCUACGCUAACUUUGGCAUUGUUGAGCCUGAAGCCAAGCUGUUUACGUUGAAAGAGGCCAAGGCAGCAUCGGAAGCGGAGACGAAGAGUAAGGCGGCGUAA